UCAGGAAAUGUUGAGGUAUCCUCGACCUAGUGGCGCCAUUCAAGAAGGUCCAGAAAUCCGUCCAAGAGGCGAAAUCUUCGAAUUUCCAUACGCAAACCUGCCCCAAUUGGAAUCUCAUGCCCAGCCACACUGGGCCAUCCUCAACGCUGGGAUGAAACUGGAGCACAGGACACUUGCAGAAAUGACAGCUCUUUACGAGGAAGUCGCCGGGAUCUAUGGCGUGGAUUUGGAAGAAGCGCAAAGGUUCAUCGGUCUGAUAAUCCAACUCAAUUUUCAGUGGAGGUUUGCUACCCCGCCGAAGGGUUUCACAUCUCAGGGGGUUGACAUCACGGCAUCUGGGUUUGCGAUACCUGGGCCUGCGAUACCUAGGCUUGGGACCGUGGCACCUGAGCUUGCGAUGCCCACAGUUGCAAAUGCUCGUUUUCAAGCUUCAAUUGGCACCCACAGAUCUAUCGCCAGCAAUCUCCUCGAUAAUGCCAAAAUGGCGACUAUACGCUUCUUGAAGAGCCCAAAACGGUCCGCAAGCUCUCCCGAAGCGGUACCGUCCCUACGGCUUCCUUCACCAGAUCGCAAACGCAGCAGGUACUCUACCAAAUUCAACAAGAAGUCACGAGAUCCUUAAAAUUCGUGAGCCGGGAAAUGAGAUCUUCGAGCACCUAUGUUACAUUAUGGUAUAUAGUCACUAUGUAGGACCGUUUUAUUAUAACACCCCGACCAUUCGUAC